AAAAGCAACCGGCCACUGAGCAGCAGUCACAACCUACCACCAUGCCUCAGCAAGUUUGGCAACCAGCUCCAAUGCCCCAGCAGAAAAAGCAACCGGCUGCUGACCCUAAGCAGCCCCAGCAAGUGUGGUAUCCAGCGCCAAUGCCCCAGAAGCAACCACCUUCUAUGCCCCAGCAAGUGUGGCGUCCAGCUUCAAUGCAGCAGAAGCUACCGACCCCCAUUCCCCAUCAGCCUCAGCAAGUGUGGAAUCCAGCUCAAAUGCCCCAGCAGCAGACGCUACCGACCCCUAUUCCCCAUCAGCCUCAGCAAGUGUGGCAUCCAGCUUCAAUGCAACAGAAGCUACUGACCCCCAUACCCCAGCAGCCUCAGCAAGUGUGGCAACCAGCUCCAAUGCCCCAGCAGAGAAAGCAACCGGCUGCUGAGCAUCAGCAGCAGUUGCAACCUACCGCCAUGCCACAGAAGCAACCAGUUGCCAUGCCUCAGCAAUUAUGGCAUCUAGCUCAAAUGCCCCAAAAGCAACUGGCCUUAAUGUCUCCGCAGAAGCACUUCGAAAGCACUGAAGAUGGCGGCUCUGGUAGCUCUCAGGCCAGCAUCGUUGAGCAGUCUGUCCUCAUUCCAAUUUAUUCCUACAGUUCCAAAUCUCGCUACGAGAAUGGCAAAACUGUCUUCUCCCAAACCCGCUACACUCCUGGGGAGGCUGUGCCUGUUGAUAGUGGAAGUGCUCCCAAGAACAAUCGUGUUGGCAUCGCUGAACCAAGCAUAUACCCACCACUAGUAAAGGAUCCUGCAAGGUAA